CAGUCAGCUAAAUCCAACAGGCAUGUAUUCUGCAAAUUACGUCAGGGCAUCCCACCACUGGACAUCCAAACAGCAGACCUGAGGAAAGCCAAAGAAUACAUCAAACACUGAAUCUCAUGAACAUACUUUAAAACAAGAUGAAAACAUUGAAAGCCAAGUUCAAGAAGUCAGAGAGUCAGGACUGGAGUAAGACGGAUGACAGAUUGUUGCAGGCUGUAGAACAGAAUGAUCCAGAAAAAGUUGCCACACUGCUGGUCAAGAAAGGUCUCUGUGCGUCCAAACUGGACUCGGAGGGCAAAUCAGCGUUCCAUCUUUGUGCGUCUCGAGGACGGUUGGACUGUCUGGAGGUCAUCCUCUCUCAUGGGGUGGACAUCAAUGUAACAGACGGCACUGGGUUUAACGCUCUCCAUCUUGCUGCUAAGAAUGGACAGUCAGAUUGUCUAAAGAGGCUUCUUCAGGAGAGGAUGCCUGUUGACGCCACAGACAGUUUUGGGAGGACGUCUUUACACCAUGCUGCUGUGAGUGGCUGCUUGUCUUGCACUGAGAUUCUGUGGGACUUUAAAGCCAACCUCGAUGUUCAAGAUGGAGAUGCGUCAACUCCAUUGAUCCUGGGUGCCCAGAUGAGCAGAGUCGAACUUUGUGCCUUCCUUUUGGAACGAGGAGCCAAUCCUAAUAUACAGGACAACCAGGGCAGAUCAGCAUUGAUGUUGGCUUGUGAGAGUGACAGCAUGGAGACUGUUGAGGUGUUAUUGAAAGGCGGAGCUAACCCACACCUUACCGAUGCCCUGGGACACAACUCCGCCCACUACAGCAUCACCGCCGGCAACCACAACAUCACCCAGCUUCUGCAGAGCAUAGGUGUUUCCACAGCUGCUGAGGGUUCGAGUGAGGAGCAGGCUCCUCCUCCUCCUCCCAAUCCCCCAUCUAGUGGAACCACACCCCGCAAAAGGAAAGCCCCUCCUCCUCCUAAAUCUCCUGCUCAGGGCCCGCCCCCUUCCUCCGACGCCUCAAACACGCCACCUCCCCCUGUCCCCUCCCAAUCACCUGACUCACAGAGCCCCGCCCUGCCUUCUCCCGCCCCCAGGACCCAACAUCCCCCAUCUGAGAACCUUGUGGAGGAUGAGGAAGUCUUUGAAGAGAUCCGUAAGCUCAGGCUGGAGAGAGGUCGCCUGCUGCAGAAAAUCAAGGUUCUGGAGCAGCAGCAGAGCAGCGCCACCACUGCCCUGGAGGAGCUAAACUCUCUGAGAGAGCGUCUGAGCGAGGUUGAGGCAGAGCGUGACCGACUGCUGGAAGAGUUGAGAGCAGCUCAGGUGAGCGGUGUGACCUGUGACUCUGAAGACGCGGAGGACUCCGAUGACAUGUUGGACUUCCCAGGAGCAGAGAAGUUACUAUCUAAGCAAUCGCGAGGUCUGGAUGCUGAUUCGCCGGCUGAGGGCACCUCUCAAGAGAAUCCUGCCAUGGUAGAGCAGCUUCGCAGAAAAGUGGAGCAACUGACCUCGCAGAAUGCCGACCUGGUUCUCAAAGUGCAGAUGCUGGAAAUGUUUGAGAAAGAUGACACGGAUAUGCAGAGCUCGGGCCCAGAUUUUGUUCCCACAGCUCAGUAUGAAUCUUUAAGGAGAGAGUUUGAGGAACUACAGGAGAAAUACUCCAGAGCUCAGGCUUCAACUGAAGCCUCAAGCAUCGCAGAGGAUCCUGGAUCUGAGGAGAAAGAGGAGAAAAAUCAAAAAGCUCUGGAGGAACAGCUGGCCCAAGCCCAGGUCGAGUUAGAGGAACUCAAAGAACAGAUGCGUCUGGGGGUCUAUUCAGUGGAGGAAGCAGGAGCGAAGCCCGAAGGGGGGUCCGAGUCCCCUGAGAAAGGGAUAAAUCUGGAGAACCAGCAGCUGAGAGCAAGGGUGCAGGAGCUGGAGGCGGAGAUAGCUAGCAAAAAGACAGAUGGGGAGGGGCUUAGUGAAGGUGACAAUGACACCAUCCAACAGCUGAAACAGAGGGUGACGGAACUUGAGGCAGCUCUGCAGUAUAGAGAGAAAGGGAAAGAGGGAGAGGAAGAGAAAGAGACAGUUGUAAGCCUUAAAAAGCGGGUGGAAGAACUGGAAAAAACCCUGGAGCAAAGCAAGACGGCAGGGUACGAGGAGGGCGAGGGAGCGCCGGUGAACGGGUUGCAGGCACGGGUGGAAGAACUUGAGCGGGCGUUGAAGGAGAGCGUUCCUCGAGGUCAGUUUGAGGAGGUUCAGGUCACUUUGAGUCUCCAGCUUAACCAGCUAGCUCAAGAACGAGCCGAAGUGGCUACCCGACUCAACCAGGCCUUACUGGAGCUGGAAAGGCUCCGCCCUCAAUCCCACAUUGGUGAAGAUGAGGACGACGAGGACCCGUCCGAGAGCUCGGAGGUUUCCAUUGCAUCUGAGAACUCCCUGCACCUGUCGCCAGGCGGACGGACCUUAGAGGCGAUACAGGAGGAGCUGGAAGUUGCAAGGCAAGAGGCAGCACAAGCUCUGGACAGCCUGUGUGCCGAGAGAGAAAGCCGGGCUCAGGAUGUAUUACAGCUGAGAGAUGCAAUACCGCUGGUGAAACACCAGGAGACGCUGUCUGCAAUAGCCCAGCAGUUAGCGCAAACAGAAAAAGAGCUGCAAGGAGAGCGGGCACUGCGUGAGCAAGCUCAAACUGAGCUCGCCAGACUAGAAUCCGAGCUGCAGGCUGUGCAAAAAGACUCAGUUAGCAAGGAAGAACACGAUAAAGUCAAGGCAGAGCUAGAGCGCUCUCUAGAGGAGAGUCGGCAGAGUGCAAGAGUGGCUCAGGAGUCUCUGAGUGAAAAAGAGACGGAACUGAAAGAGCUGCGAUCUCAGAAAGCUUUAGAACAGGGACUGGUGUCCAAAGAAGACCAUGAGGCCCAGAGACUCUCCCUACAGGCUGAGAUCAACACCCUGACGGCCCAGUUAGCUGAUCUAGGACGCAAGCAUGAGAAGACCUGCACUGAGGUGUUCCAGGUGCAGCGGGAGGCUUUAUUUAAUAAGAGCGAGCGUCAGGUGGCUGAAUCCCAGCUGGAGGCAGUUAAAAAGCAGCUGACGGAUCUUCAGGCCGAGUCCACCCACAUCCAACAGCUGCACCAGGACAUCCAAGACUCGCAGGGGCUCAUCAAGGAGAAAGACCGCAAGAUCACAGAGUUGUCCAAGGAUGUUUUUCGUCUGAAGGAGGCUCUGGGGGCUUUGACUCCUCCACUGGCACGUUCUCCUUCGCCACCAUCCUCAGGGAUACCUGGACAACAGUUGGCACUGCAGAACCGUGUAACCGCAUUAACACAGCAACUCCAGGACUGGGAGCGCAAACACAAGACUGUUGUUUCAAUAUAUCGUUCUCAUCUAUUAGCUGCUGUACAGGGCCGGAUGGAUGAAGAAGUUCAGGCGCUUUUGCUUCAAAUCCUCCGUAUGACACACAAAGGUCAAAAUUAGUGCUUUGCAACUGACAGCAAUAUAAAGAGUUCAAGUGACUGCUAUAUGUACCCUUGAACCGAAGUGUAUCACACUGUGCACCUCCAACAAGAGGCACUGAAACUGUGAAUGAGAAGAUAUAGUUUUGGAUCAUGACAGAGAUGAUUAUAUUUCCUGUAUGUGAUGAUUUAUGAGGGACAACACAGAUACUUUUGUACCACAUUUCAAUAAACGGAGACAUACUGCUGACGUGCCUUUCUUUGUAACU